AUGGCUCACAAGAUAACCCACACACGAGCGGUUGUGCCGCAGGUGCAUGAAGACAUCAAUGUGAACGUCAUCAACCCACCGCCGUCGAUCGUCAUUCAGAGAAACCCGCCGCCCGUCAUACAGAAUAUCCACGUGACCAAGCAGGAGUCACAGGCAUGUCUACAGGCGUUCGCUCUGGUGCCCAGCCACAACGUUCUCGUCCAGACGGUAAGUCGCUAUCGCGUCGAUGGCUACAUCCCUGGAAUCGGCCAUCCGACGUUUUGCGACGGAAGCUUCAACUACUACCGAAUUCCCAACUACAAGUACAUCGUCGACCUCAAGAAGAAGAAGGCUUAG